UCCAGACGCUGAGGCAGCCGGCGUGGAGGGCUCCCGGACGCGCGCGGCGCAGCGUGGGUCCAGCCGGAGGAGCGCAGCAGCCGGCGGGCGUGCAGUCGGCGGCGGCAGGUAGCCUAGGGCGACCCAGGAGCUGAGGCCCGCGCAGGAAAGAAAGGACCUAACCCCUGGACCUCCCUCCACAACGAUGUCGGAGCUCAGCGACGAAGCCAGUGAGCCAGAACUCCUGACCCGCAGCUUGUCUAUGUGGCAUGGGCCAGGUGCCCAGGUCAGCUGGGAGCAGCUGGCCAUCCCCUUGGAUCUCCAUACAGCUGCUUCCAUCGGCCAGUAUGAAGUGGUGAAGGAAUGUGUGCAGCGGAGAGAGUUAGAUUUGAAUAAGAAGAAUGGUGGUGGCUGGACCCCGCUGAUGUAUGCCUCCUACAUUGGACACGAUACCAUCGUGCACCUGCUGCUCGAGGCGGGGGUGAGUGUGAAUGUGCCGACCCCGGAAGGGCAGACUCCACUGAUGCUUGCUUCCAGCUGUGGCAACGAGAGCAUCGCCUACUUUCUCCUCCAGCAAGGCGCUGAGCUAGAAAUGAAGGACAUUCAAGGCUGGACUGCCCUCUUCCACUGCACCAGCGCAGGACAUCAGCAGAUGGUCAAGUUCCUUUUGGACAGUGGAGCAAAUGCCAACGUGAGGGAGCCAAUAUAUGGAUUCACCCCUUUGAUGGAAGCAGCUGCUGCUGGCCAUGAAAUAAUUGUGCAGUAUUUUCUGAAUCAUGGAGUCAAAGUGGACACGAGAGACCACAGUGGAGCCACAGCCCGAAUGCUGGCCAAGCAGUAUGGACACAUGAAGAUAGUGGGGAUGAUCGAUGCUCACUCGCUUUCUCUGCCCAAGAGCCUCUAUCGGAGCCCAGAAAAAUAUGAAGAUCUGAGCUCUUCAGAUGAAUCCUGCCCUGCUCCUCAGAGACAGAGGCCCUGUCGGAAGAAGGGCCUCAGCAUCCAUGAGGGGCCUCGGGCCUUGGCGAGGAUCACAGCCAUUGGACUUGGAGGCAAGAUCCAGCCGUCUUGCUAUGAGCAGGUGCCUCCACGGGGCUAUGUCACCUUCAACAGUAGUGAUGAGAACCCCCUGGAAGGAAGGGGCUUCUGCUACCGGGAUGUGACUUCCCCCAUCAACGACCGGGACGUGGAGAGCAGCAGCAGCAGCAGCCGGGAAGAGCAGGCCUUCUGUGCCCACCUUGGGGCUGUGCGGAGCAGCAGCAGCAGCGAGGGCCUGGCGAGAGCCCCGGGAGUCAGCAGCGAGGCCUCUUUGGAGAGCAAUGAGGAUUCAGAUAAUGCACGUAAAAGCUCAGCUCGCAAGCAAACUAAAAGUUACAUGAAGACCAAGAAUCGCUACAGCAACAGUGACAACCAAUGGCCUCCUAGCACUGGGACUUCCGGGGUGGCCUGUUCCCCAGGAUCUACCCCCCAGACCGAGAGGUUCCCCUAUUCAGGACCCCAGGACCUUGCCACACUGUUGGAGCAGAUAGGGUGUCUGAAGUACCUGCAGCUGUUUGAGGAACAGGAUGUGGACCUUCGAAUCUUCCUGACCCUCACUGAGAGCGACCUGAAAGAAAUCGGCAUCACGUUGUUUGGACCCAAGAGGAAGAUGACUUCUGCCAUUGCCCGCUGGCACAGUAGUGCCCGCCCACCCAGUGACGCCCUGGAGCUGGCCUAUGCCGACAGGUUGGAAGCUGAGAUGCAGGAGCUCGCCAUCCAGCUGCACAAACGCUGUGAGGAGGUGGAGGCCAUGCGGGGCCAGGUAUCCCAGGAGCAGGAGCUGCGGGCUGUGGUGGAGAGCUGCCUCCUGGAGCAGGACAGCACCCGCAAGGACAUCCUUGCCCAGCUGCAGGAGACCUGGGCCCUGGCCCAGGAUGCUGCUCUCAUCCUGGACCAGCUACACUGUUCCUCCCUACAAUGUAGACCAGGCAGAAGUAGGGCCAUGAAAAUCUGCAUACCCUACGCAAGCUCUCUGCCUUCACUAGGAGCCUGUCAGGCUGAGCUGUCAGCCCGAGUGAAGCAAGACGAGUCCCCUCUGGGGGCCACCCUAGGCCCAGCCCUCCCUACAGCUGACUCCAAAGGCUGGCAGGCCUCCCUGCAGGCCCUGAGCCUCCCCCAGCUGUCGGGAGCAUUGGAGGACCGAGUCCAUGAGAUGGGGCGAGUGCUGUGCUCGGUGACCCAGGGCCUGGAGAAGCUGCAAACGCUGAAUGGGAAAGAGAACUGGCGGGAGCCUUAGUCUGAGGGAUGUCCUCCCUUUUCCUUCUCAGAAUCUGACGUUGGGUGACUGAUCCACCCUGAAGCUGUGUGCCCGGAAGACAGGAGGGCAGUGAGUGGGCAGUUGCAGCAGCCCAGGUCCCAGCUGGGGCCAGAGGAUCGGCCCUCGGGAGCAGCUGGCAGAGAGACAGGACCAGGCUGUGGCUGGUGCCAGGCAGCAAGGCCCCCACAGAAGCAGGACGAGGGCCUUGCCCUGAACCUGGUGGUAAGGCCCAGAGCAGACAGGACCUUGGGGAGAGAGCGUGUCCCCAUACACCACAGGUGCCACACUCAGAUUUGCCCUGAUGGGUGAGGACGGGCAUCUGGGCAGCAUAUGUCAUUUGCUGGAAAAUAAAAUGUAAGAUCAGCUGGU